CAUUUGCCACGCUUGUUGCAAUUGCUCAUUCAAUCCCUCCACCGAUGUCAACACAAAGGCUGCUACUACGCAAAACAAAGCCAUUUCUGAAUGCAUCAUCAUCUUCAGCUACUCCUCCAUUUUCAGGGCCAUCCCACUACUCGAAUGAAUUCCCAAACAUAAUUGCAAAUCCUGUAGACACCUUCUUGGUCGAGAAAAUAAUGUGGACUCUCAAACAAGGUACGCAUCAUCGGAGUUCCCUGUUUCUUCGCCUAGAUACAUCGGUUUAUCUCGAAGUUAUUAGAAAAUGUAGCGAUAAUUUGCCUUCAGCUUCGAACUUUAUCGAUUCUGUUGCUUCAAACAACCCCAAUUUCAAGCAUUCGUCCACCUCCCUCAGCGCUGCUGUUCAAAUACUCGUUAGGUGCAAGAGAAUCUCCGAAGCACAGGCUUUGAUACUGAGAAUGGUUCGUAAGAGUGGCGUUUCUAGGGCCGAGACGGUUGAGUCCAUGAUUUACACUUACAGUAUGUGUGGAUCGAAUUCGUAUGUUUUUGAUUUGUUGAUUAGGACUUAUGUGCAAGCUAGGAAGCUGAGGGAAGCUGUAGAAGCAUUCAGGUUGCUGCUUAGCAGAAGGCUUUGUGUUACUAUAAAUGCUUGUAACAGUCUUCUUGGCGGCUUAGUGAAGAUCGAAUGGGUUGAUUUGGCAUGGGAAGUGUACAGGGAAAUGAUCAGAAGUGGUGUUCCAGUUAAUGUGUAUACGCUCAACAUAAUGGUUAAUGCAUUUUGUAAAGUCGGGAAGAUUGAGGAUGCAAAGGUGUUUAUUGAUGAAAUGAAAGAAAAAGGGAUUUUGGAGGAUAUUGUGACUUACAACACCUUGAUUAGUGCAUAUUGUCGUCAGGGUCUUGUAGAUGAGGGGUUGGAAUUGAUGAACCUGAUGUGUCUCAGGGGAUUGAAACCGUGUUUGUUGACCUAUAACUCAAUUGUUAAAGGACUAUGUAAGAAGGGACAGUAUCAGAAGGCAAGGGAUGUUUUGAAUCAGAUGGUGUGUAGUGGGUGCAGCCCUGAUACUUGUAGUUAUAAUGCAUUGCUUGCUGAGUGUUGCAGAAAAGAUGACGUGUUAGAAUCUGAAUCCAUUUUCCAAGAAAUGGAUCAUCUUGGUGUAUGUCCAAAUUUGGUUAGUUAUACUUCACUAAUUGGGUUAUUUUCAAGAAUUGGCCGCAUUGAUCGUUCAUUAGUGUAUUACGAGGAUAUGAAAUCUAAGGGGAUUGUCCCAGAUAAUGUAAUAUAUACCCUUCUCAUUAGUGGCUUUUGUAGGAACCAUUCUAUAUCUGAAGCUUUAAAAAUGCGCGAUGAAAUGUCAGUUCAAGGUUUGGCCAUGGAUGUAGUUGGUUACAAUACUCUUUUGAAUGGCUUAUGCAAAGAAAAGAUGCUUACUGAAGCCGACCUAAUUUUCAAAGAGAUGGUUGAAAGGGGUGUGUUGCCCGAUUUUUGUACGUUCACGACACUUAUAAAUGGAUAUUGUAAGAAUGGUAGCAUGGAAAAGGCACUCUCACUAUUUGAUUCUAUGCUUCAAAGCAAUCUCAAGCCAGAUGUGGUAACAUAUAACAUCUUGAUUGAUGGGUUUUGCAAGGAUGGUGAUAUGGAAAGAGCUUUUGAACUAAGAGAUCAUAUGAUAUCUGAAAAUAUACAUCCUAAUUGUGUUACAUAUAGCACUUUAAUAAAUGGUUACUCCAACAAGGGUGGUGUUUUUUAUGCAUUGAGAUUGUAUGAUGAGAUGAUCGGUUUAGGAAUCAAGCCGACCGUGAUCACAUGCAACUCCCUUGUUAAAGGAUAUUGCAGAUAUGGUAAUGCUGAAAAAGCAGGAGAGUUUCUUGCUAAGAUGCACUCUGAGGGAGUGUUUCCUGAUUUGGUUACAUAUAAUACUCUAAUACAUGGUCUGAUUAGAGAGGAGAGAUUGGACAAAGCAUUGCGAUUAGUUGAUGAAAUGGAAAAUCAUGGUAUAUUACCUGAUGUGGUAACAUACAAUGCCAUUCUGGAUGGGUUUUGUAGGGUGGAUAGAAUGGAAGAUGCCAAAAUGGUAUACCUGAAGAUGAUGGAAAGAGGAAUAAAUCCUGACAGAUCAACAUAUACAUCAUUGAUAAAUGGAUAUGUUUUGCAAGACAACAUAAAGGAUGCUUUCUUGUUCCAUGAUGAAAUGAUCAGAAAGGGGUUUGUGCCAGAUGAUAGGUUUUAACCUUUUUUGUCACUUUCAAGUUGAUAGUUAUAUUCAGUCAUCUGUGCACCCCAUACAUUGAGUUUCCUACCGUGUUCUUCUGCCAUUCCAGAGGCUUUGUCCAUGCUUUUUAAAAAAUAUGCUUGAUUACACGAUGUUAACAAUGAGAGAUCUGGGGAUCCCCAAUGUUCAAUCUUUGAUAAAUGCUGGCCAACAAGGAAAAUGUUCUCUUUGCUUGGAUGAAAAAGAUGCUCAAAAAUUUUCAUAAAAAAAUUCCACCGGGAACCGUUCCAAAUGGCGACGGCCGGACAGAGCCUCCUAUAUAAGGACUUAUUUGACCUUUUUACGAAAGUUUGAGAACCUAUUUGACAGUUUUCCCACUACUAGAACGUUUUCAACUUGUUUCGGAAACACGAUGUUUUUGGAUUUAUAAGGUAUCUGCUAUAUUUUUCAUGUAACACAUGAUUUUUAAAUUCAUGAGCUAGAAUUAUGUAAUAAUAAGAGUAAGUGAGAUUGAAAUUACUUAAUUAAUAUACCAUUUAUUAAGAUUUUCAAAUUUAGAUAAGACCAAACAAAGCCAUAUUUAAAUAAGUUAAUAGAAAAAUAAUUACAUAAGACCAGAAAAGUAAUUUCAACCUCACUUACUCUUAUUAUUACAUAAUUCUAGCUCAUGAAUUUAAAAAUCAUGUGGUACAUGAAAAAAAAAUAGCAGAUACCUUAUAAAUCCAAAAACAUGGUGUUUCCGAAACAAGUUAAAAACGUUCUAGUAGUGGGAAAACUGUCAAAUAGGUUCUCAAACUUUCAUAAAAAGGUCAAAUAAGUCCUUAUAUAGGAGGCUCUGUCUGGCCGUCGCCAUUUGGAACGGUUCCCGGUGGAUUUUUUUGAUGAAAAUUUUUGAGCAUCUUAUUCAUCAAGUCUAGUUUACUCAUACCAAAUUUCAGCGAAAACUUCAGAACGCAUUCAAAUUAAUUCUUGAAGAUAACUGUGCAAUUAAAUGCUCAGUAAUCUUCAAGAAUUAAUUUGAAUGCGUUCCCGAUUGAAGGUUUAGCUGAAAUAUGGUAUGAGUAAACUAGAUUUGAUGAAUAAGAUGCUCAAAAAAAUUUAUCAAAAAAUUUCACCGGGAACCGCCCCAAAUCGCGACGGCCGGACAUAGCCUCUUAUAUAAAGACUUAUUUGACCUUUUUAUGAAAGUUCAGGGACCUAUUUGACAGUUUUCCCUUCUAGUAGUUAAUAUUCCAAAUUCCAAUGAUAUGGCCAUACCGUUCCAAUUCUCUUGUUCGAAUGAGAAAUUGACGAUUCCAGUUCCGGUUGUAUUAAUUAAUGUCUCAAACUCCUACUAAACACGGAGUACUAAAUAGUCCAAAGCAACAACUGAAAACAUCAAAUUAGCUAAAGAGAGAAGGUUCCAAAGAAGAAGCGACGAAUGACCGAUGAGUGGUCUCCUCGAAGGCGCUGGUUCGAGUUUUGUGUCAUUUGGAGUCAAAAUCAGUAAAUUUGAGACCGGCACCGGCGCUUGAGAAGCAAUUGGGAUGAGUUGAGAAGCAUUUGAGAGUGAAUUGAGAGCAUUGGAGGUCUCCGGGAGGUUCACGAUGAAGAUUUGAUGGCAAAAGAGCUCUAAGAUUGGUUAUGAGAUCAAAAGAAGACGAAAAGAGCUUGAAAACGGCAAUCAGGAUGACCUUCUGUCAAUCGUUCAAGCCUAUCUCCUUGUAGAAACAUCCAAAGAACACGAUUCAAAGUCCAAAUGAAAUCUAACUUCAAGGUCUACAAAUCAUAUGAAGACACCUUUGCUAGAAUAUGAGAGGAAUAAGGUGAAAACAGACGAUGAAGUCAGAUGAUCCCUGUUGCGAUUUCAGAAUGAGACCUUCCACCAUUUUGAUCAUAUCUCUUGAUUGGAUGAUUCAAAUCCAAUUCUGCAAGUUGUGGUGGAUAGAGGACUUCAUUAUCUACAACUUUCAUGAAGGAAGCAUUGCCAAAUUCAGAAGUUAAGUAGGCACGACCGUGCCCUCAAAGUCAGGCACGAUCGUGCGUGAAGAGAAAGCAUCGCGGAGCUACUGCCAGGCAGGCACGAUCGUGCCUGGAGGGAGGCACGAUCGUGCCUGGCACCGUGCCUGCCUCCGGAAAUCCCAAUCUAACUCAAAUUUCACCCGAUUUUUCUAUUUAAACAGCCUGUAAACCUCCGUUUUCAAGGGGGAGCUUAGAGAGAGUGCCUAGCACGAAUUUUAGAGGGCUUUUCAGCCUUGUUCAUCAAUCUUUUGGGAUUCUUUGUAAGUUUCACCUUUUAAAUUAAUGACAAUUAAUUCUUUUUAUUCCAA